CACCCUUGAAACUGAGCAUGCGCACAAAACGUUGUAAACAAUGAGACGAGACUAUCAGUCGGUCCUGAGCUUUGUCUGUCCACCACUUUAUCUAUAUAAAACUAACAAGGACCUCCCAAAGCUCACCGUAAAAUACAAAACAUGUUGCUCUGGAGCUGAAGAAUGGAGGCAGUUUUAACCAGGCUGAAAGGCCUAACUGCUGAUGAACUGCGUGAAGAGUUUGCCCGGGCUGACCUGAAGUGUGUCGCUAUCACGGCCUCUACCCGAUCUAUCUUUGAAAAGAAAUUGGCGCGGAUGCUUGUUGGAUCAGAGGGUGAUAUCACUGAAAGGGACAGUGGUUCCCCUGCAAGGGAUUCAGAUGGCGUGGCCUCAACAGCUAAUCAUGACAAACCUUUACUGUGUGCCAAAUCAACUGUUGCAACGAGCUGCAGCCCAAAUGAGGAACUGGACUUUGGCUAUGGUGUGGGGCUCAACCCGCCAGAGGAAGAGGAGAUCUCUAACUCUCAAGCCAAAACGAAAACUCCUUCCAAAAUAGCACAAGUGUCCCCAGCCUUUUACUAUGGGGUUUGUCCGUCGUGGGAGGACAUUUUGUCUCGAAAUGAAAGAGCAUAUGUGUAUACAGAUAAGAAAGAUGCCCUUCAAGCUGUAAAGGGCAUGAAGGGAGCACGUUUUAAACCCUUUUCCAACCGUGAGGAUGCCGAGAAGUUCGCCAAAGGGAUGUGCGACUAUUUCCCCUCUCCCAACAAAUCGAUGGCGUGCGUGUCUCCUGUUAAACCAGGCCAAAUCGCCAGUAAAGACAUCAUGGAGGUGGAUACCACUAACAGGGAACGGGCCAACAGUUUUAAGAGCCCACGCACCCAGGAUCUGACAGCCAAACUGAGAAAAGCUGUGGAAAAGGGAGAUGAGGGGGCCUUCUUUGACAUUGUCUGGAGCAACCCACGCUAUCUCAUUGGCUCCGGGGAUAACCCCACUAUUGUGCAGGAGGGCUGCAGGUACAACGUCAUGCACGUGGCGGCCAAGGAGAAUCAAGCAGGCAUCGCCCAACUUCUGCUGGAUACUUUAGAGAACCCAGAGUUUAUGCGCCUCAUGUACCCAGAUGACCAGGAAGACAUGCUGCAGAAGCGCAUCCGUUACAUUGUCGAUCUUUACCUCAACACUCCAGAUAAGGCGGGUUUUGAAACACCACUCCACUUUGCCUGCAAGUUCGGAUGUCCAGACGUGGUCAACGUGCUGUGCUCGCAUCCUGACACAGACAAGAACUGCAAGAACAGUGACAACCACAAGCCUUGUGAUAUUAUUUGUAGCAGAAAGAACACAACCCAAGAAGUGAGACAGAAAAUAAGUGACUAUUUGGAGGACCGCUGCUACAUCCCCUUGCUCAGGGCAGCCGACAACACCUCUCAGCCCAUCAUUGGUGCUCCGUGGUCGCCUGAAGCCUCAGAAAGUCUCUCGCUGAUCCAGCGACAUGCAAAAAGCCCGCUGGACCCUCUGAUGACUGUCACAGCCUUUGCUGGUCCACUGAGUCCCUCUAAAGCGGGUGAUUUUCGCCGUUCCUGGAAGACGCCGCCGAGGAAUCGAGCAGAACAUUUCCAGAACAUUCUUAAGUCGGAUCCUGACCGCGGUGCCGAGCGGGUUGGCAGAGAUUUGGCUCACGAGAUGGGUCAUCCCUGGGCGGAAUAUUGGGACUUUCUUGAUAGUUUUGUAGAUCUGUCAUCAACCAAGGGACUUCACAAGUUGGAAGAGUAUCUGAGUAAGAGGGAUUUCUUUUCACGAACUUGUGAAGAGGGGGAGAAUGAGACCAGCAACAGAUUUAAAACUCCUUCCCCAGGCAAGCCGAAGAAGUUCUGCAACUCCAUUUCUGUCGGUGCCUUCUUGGAUGAGGGCGAGGACAUCAGCCUUGAGGAGAUGAAGAAUAGGCAGAAUGCAGCACUGACCUGUAUUUCCUCCUCCGCCGCAUCCAUUGACAACCUGAAGGGCGCAGUGGGAGGUCACGACUUCCACAUCAUGCCGAUGGGAUUAAAGUAUCGGGGGGGCGACCUGAUCGAGACCGCAGCCGAGCAGGACCUGCUGUCACCCGCCGGCGUCUGCAAAAAUGGGGUGUGCUCCUCCUCAAGAGAUGGCAUUUCCAACGGAGAUAACAUUUCUCCUCGGAACUCCCCGUCCGCCUCAAGCUUGCUCUCACCCGUCUCCAACCUCUCAGUGGAGUUUGAGCGCAUGUCGCUGCAAGAACCGCCGGAGAGUCCCGACAGAUACAGGGAGAGAAGGAGCAGUAGCGGGCACCGACACAGAGAGACCUUCGACUCCUACGGCUCCUCAGUUAGCACAGACCUGAGUUGCGGGCUGAAGCGGCUGUCGAUUGGCCCCGGCGCCCAGAACAACGAAGCCUUGAAGGGAGGGGACACGGAGGAACAGUGCGCCAGCGGCGUCUCUGAAGAGUUCUUCGAGGCAGAAGAGGACGCUUUGGAAAUGAUGAGCAGGACAAGGGGAGCGGCUUCGGUGGUGCGCAACUUGUGCGCUCGGUCCAAAUCGUGGGAUCAUGGUGGUAGAGACCUGAGCAGCUCGGGCUCAUCAGCAUCCUCUUAUAAGUCUUUGGAUCAUUCCCAUGAGUUCCUCCCGAGGACCCCACCUCGCGGUCGAAGAGGACUCUUUAUUGAUGGAGAUUCACCUACCAAGUUGGACAGAGAUGUGUUGUCAGCAAUCGGGGGUGUUGAGGUGGAUGUCCAAAAAUAUCCCAGCAUUCACAAGUGGAUGAGCACAAUGAAGUCCUACUCUUCCUCAGAAAUGAACAGUUGGCCGAGCCCUGCAGUGGUGAAACCGCGACUCAGGAUGCAGCAUCAGACUCCCGGCUCUCCCUCCGGCGUCCUCAUGUCUCCCUCCGGUCGCUUCAGUCCCGCUCGCCAGGUCGCCUCACCUGAUUUCAGCCCCAGCCGCUACAGCCCCGCCAACGUGAGCUACAUCCAACGCAUUCGCCUCAAGCGCUUGAACGAAGCGUCGAUUUGAAGGGUCUAACUCCCGCGCCACGUCAUCCUCAGCCUCUCCUAACAACCAUAAAGACUGGAAUAGCGUGGAAGACUUACAUCAUUGAACUGCAGCCCACACGAUAUUUUUUAAAAAAGGAUUUUAAAAUUUUCAAAAAAGAAACCUCAGUGAUGUUUGUACUUUAUCGGUGCAGACCGUGUAGUUGGAUGGUGAUGUUAUCUGUGACAAGUGUGCAGCACCUGUAUCAUAGCCCAGGUCAAUGUUUUUGGAUAUUGUGAAUACAAGCCACACUCCCCGAGGUCGUUCACAAAAAAAGCAUUCUUAGUGUGGGGUUGUCAGCACUAAAGAAAAAAAAAGUAUGUUGGUCAGUAGCACAAAAAUGUUGUUUUUUAUUAUCAAAGAUGUUAAACCAACUGCCAUUUCCUGCAUUUUCCUCAGUUCAGUACUUGCCUUAAUUUUCUGAAGUGAUAGAUUUGUUCUGUCAGUUUGGGCACAUUAUCUAGCUCACAUCUGGAAAACUUUACUGGCUGUAGCAUUACAGCAAACCCAGGAAAACAGAAUGAAUCUUCCAUGCUUUUAUUUUGUUCAAUAAAUUGAUUUGUUUUUAUCUUUUCUCAGUGGAUCCAGGACGUCUUGACUUUUCAUUUUUGCAGCCUUUGUGGACUAUUCUCAUGAUUAAGUCUCAAGCAGCUUCCAUUCUGACAGACUUAACACGCACAGACAGAAGUCAGGUGUUAUUGCAAUUAUAGAGCAGAAGAAAACUAUUAAGGACAAGUUGAGAUCUGGUAACUGUGACAUUUUGUUUUUUAGAUUUGAAUAGGAAUCGCUGGCUAAUACGUAAACAUUGCAGAUAUUUCCAUCCAAUAUAAAUGGAGGAAAGUGUAAAGAUAUUGAAUGGUGGAAAAAAAGACCGUUUUGAUAUGAAAAAAAAAGAAAAAUCCACUUACACUUGAUUUGUUCUGAAUGUAAUUCUUGGUGAACUCAACCUUUCUCAGAGAGCACAAACAACUUUGCUGAGGAGAUUGUCAUCAUGCUUGUGCUCUCAGGUCGGAAGAGGACAUAUUUUGCUCUUUGAAUGUUUCUGACUGUGGAGCUUUGCAAAAGUGCCCCUCAACACUUAAAACUGCUUCUUGUGCUUUUUGAACUCUCUUCCUGUAUGUCAAGGAUGUGUUUGCUUUCAAGUAGACAAUAAAACAUCACUCCGACUUUA